AUGAUGCCCCCACUGGUGCUACUCUCAUUGAGCUUCGUUAUCGUCCUACCGCUUUCACUGGACGCCGCAUUGCUCACCUGCCGUAUUGAACUAGUCGAUGGGAUGAUCAAGAAAGUUUGCCGAAAGCUCGAGUGUCCCGUGGAUUGUUCGAAUGGUGUAUGCGACAUGUAUUUAAAACGUUGUAUUUGCCAUGCAGGUUAUGAAUGGAUGAACGGUAAGUGGAUGCCUGUUUGCGAAAUGCCUGCCUGUGAGGAAAAUGAGCAUUGCACUGAGCCAAAUAAAUGCAGCUGCAAAGAAGGAUACUUGCGUAAUGGUGGUCAAUGCCAGCCAGUUUGCGAUACAGGGUGUGGCGAGAGUAAAUAUUGUGCUGCGCCGAAUAGCUGUAUCUGCAAGGAUGGCUACACUGUUGCAGUGGAUGGUAGCUGCGAGCCUAUUUGUCCCACGGGUUGUGGUAAGCAUGGGCGCUGCAAGUCGCCAGGCGUAUGUGAAUGCGAUGAAAAUUACAGUGUAGAGGCUGGAGGUGAAUGUGCACCGAUCUGUGAUAAGGAGCUGUGCGCCCAUGCCGACUGCCUCGAGCCCUAUAAGUGCAUUUGUCAUGAAGGCUAUUCACUUAACUUUGAGAAUGGCAAAUGUGAGUCGCUGCUGGACAAUACAAGUCUGUGGAUCGAUGUGCGUUUUGGAACGGACGAAUGA